AUGCAUAGCAACAUGAGUAAUAAAUUCGAAUUCCAAAUCCGUAUGCUGGCGGUAUCGUAUACCAUGCCAAUCAUAUCCGCUUUAUGGAACGUGCACGGACAGAAUGGCUACGUGCAUCCGUUGCAUAUGGGCUAUAAGAAAGCACAUCAAGGCGAUGAGCACUUCCAAAAAAUCUUCUGGUCUGGUGCUGAACUCAAUACCUUAUAUAACAAUGCUCAGCUUAAUUCUAAGCGAAGCGGUUUAGAAGAUAUUUUCUAUCAAGAGACUGCAUCGAUGAUUGAAGGCACUGAACGUAUCUUGCGUGUAGGACUCAGUCGUGAUCAAGGCCGUUUAGAGCAAGGCUUAAGCUCUCUCGCCAGUAUCGGUUCUGUCGCACCUUAUAUUGGUUUAUUUGGUACUGUUUGGGGCAUUAUGAGUGCAUUCAUUGGCUUAGCUCAGGUUGAACAAGUUACCUUAGCCACUGUUGCACCAGAAGAAAUGGUGGCGCUAUUACAACGUCAGUCUGUGGGAACUACACAGGAAGAUGAAUAA